AUGGCCGGCAAGGGGAUGAAGAGCCUCAGCGAGGCCAUGAGGGGUCUGAGUCUUGCAGCACAACCAUGCAGGGCCCUGCCGAGUCAGCAAGUUUAUGCGGCGUGUAGGAGGUCAAUGGCAACCGCGGUCGAAACGAAGCCUACGAACAUCACACGAUCCGUCUCCGAGGCGUGGAAUCCCCUCACCACCGUCCCUGUUACCAUCCACGCCUUUCCUACACUCGAACCGCGCUCGCUCGAAUCUUGGUCCACCAAACACCUUCACCUCCCCCUGCGCCGCGAUAUCCUCCACUUGGCCGUCGUUUACGAAGGCGACAAGACACGCCAGGGCACGGCCUCGUCAAAAACCCGCUUCGAAGUACAUGGUUCGCAUCGCAAGCUCCGCCCUCAAAAAGGCUCCGGCCGCGCCCGUGUGGGCAUCAAACAGUCCCCGCUGAUGAAGGGCGGUGGCAAGACGUUCGGCCCCAAGCCGCGCGACUUCAGCACCAAGCUCAACCGCAAGGUGUACGACCUGGCGUGGCGCACGGCCCUCUCGUACCGGUACCGGCGCGGCGAGCUGAUCGUGACCGAGGACGGACUGGAGCUGCCGCUGCCCGAGGAGUUCCUCCAGCUGGCCGAGUCGGGCGCCAUGGGCCGCGAGCUCGAGGACAGCUUCAUCAGCAAGUACGUGGGCGAGCUCAUGACCGCGCUGCAGUGGGACAAGGACAACGGCCGGACAACCUUCAUCACGGGCGACAGGCGGCCCAACCUGUUCACGGGCUUGGAUAUUGCGGGGGAGAACGGCCGCGCGCUAGAGUUGGAGGAUGUCGACGUCAAGGAUCUCCUGGAGACGGGCAGGAUUGUCAUUGAGCGGACGGCGCUGAGGGAAAUGAUCAAGGAGCACUCGAGCGAUCUUAUCUCGCGUGUCGCGGUCAAGGGGCUGAGCGCCAAACCUACCCUGGGACAAGUAUUGGUCCGGUGA